AUGUUGCCAAGAGUUCAGCCGCUUUUGGCCCUGGCAUUUGCCAGUCUCGCAUUGUCAGAGCCUUGCAGCGAGCCUCCAAGCUGGUCCAUCCGAGAUCUCAACAUCACAACGCGCGACAACGUCGGCGAGGAGGGCACGGCGGGUUUCAAGUUCACGUACAAUCUGACCAACCAAACUGAGCUCAUCACUUGUCCUCUGCACUCCAACUAUCGGUGCACGAUAUCCGGCACGAAGACCGACAAUUCGACAGUGAUCGAGAUCCAGAUUGGAUUAGGUAUGCUUUAUGCGAGUGUUAUACAGGUGAUUAAUUGUGGCGAUUCUGGCCCGACCACAUUUGUCGGGAAUUCCGAAGCAAGCAUGGACUGUAACACCGUCCCUUUUGGACCGCAAAUCUGUACAGCAACCUUUGUGACGCUGGAAGGGGCAUCUGGUGUAUAAGGGAUAUAGCGAACAAAGCCAAAGUUGCAAGACUGUAGGAGAUGAAUGAUGUGCAGUCU